AUAAGGAUUUUGAAGGAGCUAAGAAAUCACCCACCUAAAGCCACUGAAUUUUUCCAUUGGAUUGGUCAGUGUUCAGGUUAUAAACACAAUACCAUCACAUUCAAUGCAAUUUUAAGGGUUCUGGCCAGGCAUGAUUCAAUUAGAGAGUUUUGGACUGUUUUUGAGGAAAUGAAGACUGCUGGACAUGAGAUGGAUUUAGACACCUAUAUAAAGAUUUCGAGGCAGUUUCAGAAAUGCAGAAUGAUGGUUGAUGCAGUGAAGCUUUAUGAGCUUAUGAUGGAUAGUCCAUACAAGCCCUCAGUCCAAGAUUGCAGCAUCCUUCUGCGCAGCAUAUCAGUCGGUGAAAACCCAGACUUGGAUUUGGUAUUUAGAGUUGCAAAGAAAUAUGAAUCCAUGGGGCAUUCCCUUUCCAAGACUAUAUAUGAUGCGAUUCAUCGGUCUUUGACAAGUGCUGGCAGGUUCAAUGAGGCGGAGAAGAUCAUGAAGGUGAUGAAAAAUGCAGGGCAUGAGCCUGACAAUAUUACAUAUAGCCAAAUGGUUUUUGGACUUUGUAAGGCAAAGAGAUUUGAAGAAGCCCUUAAAGUGCUGGAUGACAUGGAAGCACAAGGAUGUCUUCCUGAUAUCAAGACUUGGACCAUUUUGAUUCAAGGACUUUGUGCUGCUAAUGAAGUUGACAAGGCCUUAAUUCAAUUCGCAAGGAUGGUGGAAAAGAAUUGCAGUAUCGAUGCUGAUUUAUUGGAUGUGUUGGUAAAUGGUUUCCUUAGUCAAAAAAGGGUAGAUGGUGCAUACAAAUUGCUUUUAGAAUUGGUGAAAACAAUUCAUUUGAGACCUUGGCAAGCUACCUUUAAGAAUCUUAUAGAAAGGCUGUUAGGGAUAAGGAAAUACGAAGAAGCCUUGAGUCUUCUUGUUUUGAUGAAGAAACAAAAUUACCCUCCUUAUCCUGAGCCUUUUAUACAAUAUACUUCAAAGUUUGGGACCGUGGAGGAUGCAGUGGAGUUCUUGAAAGCAUUGAGUGUAAAGGAAUAUCCAUCAUCUUCAGCCUAUCUUCAUGUUCUAAAAUCAUUUUUGAAAGAAGGAAGACAGUAUGAGGCCAAAGAUCUUCUAUUCAAGUGCCCGCAUCAUAUUCGUACAAAUCCUAAAAUCUGUGAACUUUUUGGCUCUGCUGCUAACAGCGGCAAUAACCCUGUAUGAGUUUUUUUUUUUUUUAAUUUUUAUUUUCCUUGUUUCUUCACUUCUAAUUCUCCUCUUUCUUUGAGGGUGAAUUUGGGGGGGGGGAUACGUUAUCUUGUUGUAGAAAUUUGUUUUGACAUUUUUUUAUAAACUUUAGAGCAUAGUUGCACAUCUUGAUCUCAUCUGGUAUGAUAGAUUAUAGGUAGAGCUUAGUUUGGUUGAAAUUUUAAUUGUAUGUGAUAAAAAUUUGAACUAAUAAUUUUU